CAAAAAUAAAGAUAUCCCUAUGUCCACGUCGUCAUUGGCGCUCAAGGUUAAGAAACGGAAUCGGAAAGUGUUCUAUAUAACUAAUAAGUGGCCUACGUGAGAUUUUGAAGAAACAUAGAGACUUUAGUCCAGUCGAGAUUUUAUUGUGGCAACACUGCCCGGCAGGAAAAUGGCGAAAAAAUCGUAUUGGGCAAGUAAUAUCUACGAAAAGUUCGUCGUAAUUUCAAUUAUCUGUCUGUGACAUGUAAAUAAUGAAAAAGGAUUGAUUCAUAUAUCGACGCAAGAAUUGUUUCGAUAUUUGUGAAGUAAAAAACUUUAAGCAUUCGAUGAGUUUUCGAUGAUACGUUUCUGACAGCAUGUCUACAAUGGCCGAUGAUUCUACUUCUUUGCCAAAAAGGCGUCAAUUGAGAGAGAGAACGAGAAAGUUGUACACGGAUGACUGGGCUAUAGGCGAUGAAGAAAUUGAAGGACGUAGAACUUUUCAGCUCGAUGAAAAGAUUGAGUGCGAUAGAUAUGAUCUCAGUCAUUUUACUGGUUUGUUCCGUGAAAUGAACGGAACAGAAUUGAAUCUUGCAUAUCUUCAGAAGCAUGGACUUGGAAUACCCUUAUUGUUUAGGGACAAAACUGGAUUAGGUUUGAGAGUACCUAGUUCUAACUUUACCGUCAACGAUGUUAGAACUUGCGUUGGUUCUAAAAGGAUACUAGAUGUUAUGGAUGUUAAUACGCAGAAAAACGAAGAUAUGACAAUGAAGGAAUGGCAGAAAUAUUACGAAGAUCAAAAUAAAGAACGCUUGUUGAAUGUAAUAUCGCUGGAAUUUAGUCACACUAAAUUGGAAAAUUAUGUACAGUCACCAACUCUGGUUCGUCAAGUUGAUUGGGUAGACGUCAUAUGGCCGAGACACUUGAAAGAGUCUCAAGUAGAAUCUACAAAUCUUUUGGAAGAUAUGAUGUAUCCAAAAGUACAGAAAUAUUGUUUGAUGUCGGUGAAAGGAUGUUAUACAGAUUUUCAUGUUGAUUUUGGUGGAACCAGUGUAUGGUAUCAUAUAUUACGUGGUGGAAAGAUCUUUUGGCUAAUUCCACCUACCGAAAAGAAUUUGACUCUUUAUCAAGAAUGGGUAUUAAGUGGAAAACAAUCAGAUGUAUUUUUUGGUGAUAUGGUGGAUAGAUGCGGCAGAAUUAGUCUUACUGCGGGAAUGACUUUAUUUAUACCAACUGGAUGGAUUCAUGCAGUUUACACGCCUCAAGAUUCUUUAGUAUUUGGUGGAAAUUUUCUUCAUAGCUUUGGUAUUGAAAAACAAUUGAAAGUUGCCCAAGUUGAGGAACACACUAAAGUGCCCCAGAAAUUUCGCUAUCCUUUUUUUACAGAAAUGUUAUGGUAUGUUCUCGAAAGAUACGUACACGUCCUGUUGGGCAGAAGUCACUUAGAUAUAUCGGAAUCUCAAAGGCAACAUUUAGUUCCCCAACAUCAUCAACAUGUCCAUCUUACACCUUACGAAUUACAUGGUUUAAAAGCGAUUGUCAUGUAUUUGCAUUCAUUGCCGUCUACCAAAAAGAAUGUGCCUGAAUUAAUACACGAUCCCGUUGCCCUGAUUCAUGACGUUAGAUGUUUAGUCGAACAACACCGACACGAUAGUCCUGAAGCAGCUGUAACUGGUAAUCCAGUCUUACCACCACCGCCGGCGUUAACUAUAGCAGAAGGAGAACGUAUGAGGAUAACAAAGAAAACUUUUGUGAAAAUACAAAGGCACCAUUCUCAAGAAAAAUCGGAAAGAGCGUUUCCAAGAAGAAGACGUACUAGAUGCAAAAAGUGUGAGGCAUGCACGAGAACAGAUUGCGGAGAAUGUAUGUAUUGUCAAGAUAUGGUAAAAUUUGGUGGUAGUGGACGUGCCAAGCAGACGUGUUUGAUGAGACAGUGCCUUAGGCCCAUGCUACCAGUUACAGCAGCUUGUAAAGUAUGCCAAUUGGAUGGUUGGGGUCAACAACCUGCUCCACUAAUGGGUAAACCUACACCGACAGCACCAUCGAGAUUAGUAGAAUGUUCCAUAUGUUUUGACAUAGUUCAUCCAGAAUGUAUAGGAUUGGAUCCACAAAGAAUAACUGUAAGCGAUGAUUUACCAAAUAGCUGGGAGUGUCCUCAAUGCUGUGAAAGUGGUAGAAACUUAGAUUACAGACCACGACAGCCGAAAGCACGUGCUCGUAAACUUUCAGCAUCUAGUGCAGCCUCGUCAACACCUACAACAGAUUCUGAAAGAGCCAUGACGCCAAGUAAAAGAUCGAGACUCGAUCCAAAUGAAACAUGGAAUGAUAGAGAACCAGCUGAAGGCGAGCAAAGGACUGCUUUACGUACACAAUUAGCUGUACAGUUAACUGGUUCAAGUAGUAAAUCAUUGAAAAGGCCUCACGUAGUAGUUAGGCCUGUUUCAUUACCCCCUGUACAAAGAUCUGGGUCAGACUUUAAUGGACAAUCGUUAGCUUACGAUAAAACGGCUAUGCUAGCCGUUUUUAGAUUUUUGAACGCAAAAGACUUAGCAAAUUGUGCCCUGGUUUGUCGUACAUGGGGAAAAUAUAGUAUAGAUCCAAGCUUGUGGAGAAAACUUGAUAUGUCUCAUUCUCAUUUGACUGCCUCACAUUUAACCGGUAUUGCAAGAAGACAACCUGAGAGUCUCUCACUUGAUUGGACGAGUGUAACAAAACAACAGCUUGCUUGGCUAUUAGGUAGAUUACCGCAACUUCGUACUUUGUCGUUACAAGGUUGCUCGUGGACAGGAGUUUGUGCUUUGAGAACUUGUAGUUGUCCUCCGCUCGUUACUUUGGAUUUGAGUAAUGUAGCUGGAUUGAAUGAUUCGAGUCUAAGAGAAGUUCUUAGUCCUCCAACAGAUUCACGACCUGGUUUAAUUGACAAAACCUCCAGACUUAAACAUCUAAAAAAUUUAUCCUUGGCAGGAUGCGAAAUCACAGAUAUAGCACUAAGAUAUAUAGUUCAACAUUUGCCUUAUAUCGAAACAUUGGAUUUAUCUUCUUGCGGAAGAGUUACCGAUGCUGGUGUAGCUCAAUUGGCAACACCACCAGCACAAGCAGUCACCAAUUUGGCAUCAUUGAAUUUAGCCAAUUGCAGGCUACUCACGGAGAUAACAUUAGAUCAUCUUGCAAGGUGUAAAGUGCUUAAACGUUUGGAUUUGAGACAUACUACUCAAGUGUCUACACAAUCAGUUAUUAAGUUCGCUGCUAAAAGUAUUCAUAAUUUGCACGUGACUGAUGUUAAAUUAGUUGAAGAGAAAAAGGUUAAUAAAUCCGAAGUUACGUGAAAGGAACAUGCCAAAAUUUUAUGCUAUGCUUUAAUCAGUGCAAUUCAGUUUUUGAGAAAUAAAUAACGCAACAAAGUACGAUAAGUGAUUGGACAAUCUUUGAGUGAAACACGUAUCACUAUAUUUAUUUAUUAAUAGACCAAUUCGUAACUGUAAUGUUUGCUUGGAAUACAUUUAAUCUGAAUAAUGUGAGGGAGAAAGAGAGAAAAGUCAAUUCGAUAAUAUUGGAUAUAUUCGUCCUGUUUUCUCUACGUGGAAAAAUACCAAACCCUCUCCCAAAAAAGGUUUGUUUAAUUUUUUUCAAAUAGAGAAAAUAGAGCAAAUAUGUAAUACAAUCCAAUAGAUAAUUAUUAUCUUAUCGAUAGACUUUAAUGAGAAACUAAUUCUGAGUAAAAUAGAUUCUUCAUUUAAAACGAUUAAAUUUUAUAAUUUUUUCUUUUCUUUUUUGUGUGUUUUUUUUCUUUUCCUUUGAUUCAAUUAUUCCAAUGAUGUAUAUUUUUACAUUCAAUUGGACAUAUUCAAAUAGACGAUAGUAGAAUGAGU